GCGGCACGUGGCGGCGGGCGGUAUGGCGGAGUGCCGCGCGGUGCCCAGCGACCUCUUCCCCUUCGUGCUUGCCUUCCUGCGCGAGCACCAGUUCGAGGGCGCGGCGCGUGCCUUCGCUAGGGAGGCGGCGGCGGCCAGCGGGGCGGCGGUGAGCGGGGCGGCGAAGGAGCAGGAUCCUAACGCAGCCUCACUCCUGGACAUCUUCAGUUACUGGCUGAAGUCUCCAGCGGCCAAGAAAAGAAAGCUUGUCCCAAAUGGCUCCCAGGUGAAGAGGAAGCCCUCCUCCAGCAGUGAUGACAGCUCUAGUGAGGAGGAGACACCUCCAGCCAAGAAACCAGCUAAAGCAGCAGCUAUAACUAAGGCAAAAGCAGUCCCUCCAGCCAAGAAAGCAGAGAGCAGCAGUGAGGACUCCAGUGAUGAUUCAGACUCAGAGGAGGAGAAGCAGCCACCAGCAAAGAAAGGCGCAAAAUUCGUGGUGAAGCCAACUGGACCCAAAGUCCAGCCUCAAAAGAAAGCAGAGAGUUCCAGCUCUGACUCAAGCAGUUCAGAUGAAGAAGAACCAAAAAAACAACCACCAAAACCAACAACACCUAAAUCAGCUAUCUCAAAAGGAAGUAAAGCUGCCCAAGCACCCACCAAGGUGAUCAAUGGAAAAGCAGCAAGCAGUAGCAGCAGUAGUGAAGAUUCUGAUGAUGAAAAGGCUGCACCAAAGAAGGCCAUUCCCAAAAAAUCUCCUCUGCCAAAACCUGCAGAAAACCAACCACAUCGAGGAAAAAAAAAACAAGCAGAGGAAAGCUCCAGUAGUGAGGACUCAUCUGAUAGCUCAGAUGAUGAAAAAACACCUGCAAAACAAAAGUCAAAAUCAGGUCAGUACAGUGCUGUACCACCUCCUCAAGCUAUGCAGAAAAAGAAAGGCCUUGCCAAAACUCCUGCAAAAAAGGCUGAAAGCAGUGACUCUUCAGACAGCAGUGAUGAGGCAGAGCAGGUGCCCACAAAAGGAGGAGCAGGCAAAGCAGUAGUAGCUAAAACAAUUACUGGUCUCCAAAACAACGCUGUGACUACCAAGAAGGCUGAAUCCAGUUCUGACAGUGACUCAGAUUCUAGCUCUGAAGAUGACAAGAAGAAGGUAGGGAAUAAACCCCCAGCUAAACAACCUGUGGUAAAGAAUACCUCCAAACCAGCAAAAGUAGUUGUCAAGCCUGGAAAAGCAAAGAAAGACUCCAGUUCCUCCUCUGACAGCUCAGAUUCUGAUAGCUCUGACAAGAAGACCCCUGUGAAGCCCCCAACUAAAGCAUCAACGCCUGCAACGAAGAAGUCACAGGUUGCCCCAAAGAAAGCUCAGAGUAGCUCUGAUUCAGAUAGCAGCUCCAGCAGCUCUGAAGAUGAGAAGAAAGGCACUCCAGCUAAAUUACCUGACAAAGUGGCUAAGCCAGUGUCCAAGCCUUCUACCCUAGUUUCCAAAGCAGGCACUUCUGACUCUGACAGCUCAAGCAGUGAAGAAGAAAAGAAGCCAGCGGUGAAACCAGCCACCAAAUCUAAAGGGGCAGCAAAAGCAGCUGUUGGGAAGAAGGAUGCUGCUUCUAGUAGUAGUAGUAGUAGCAGCUCAUCUGAUAGUUCCAGCGAAGAGGAAGAGAAGCCCAAAAAGGCGGGAAAAGGAGUACAGAACAACUCUAAGACCACUGCCUCUGCAGAGAAGGCAAAAGCUGCAACACCAAUUGCAAACAACUCAAAGUCUAAGCCAGCUGGUGGCAGCAGUAGCAGUAGUAGCAGCGAGAGCAGCUCUGAGGAAGAGACUGGAAAAGUCAAUGGAGGCACAAUUAGGAUGAAACAGAAGAGGAAAGAUGUUCAGGAAGCAGAGACACCACAUAGUAAAAAGGCAAAGAUCAAAACACCACACACAGUUCCCAAGGUGAAACGGCCAGCCUCUCCAUUCCGGCGUGUAAGGGAAGAAGAGAUUGAGCUGGAUGCUCGUGUUGCUGAUAACUCAUUUGAAGCAAAGAAAGGAGCAGCUGGUGACUGGGGUGAGAAGGCUAACAAUAUCCUGAAAUUCACUAAAGGCAAAUCUUUCCGCCAUGAGAAGACAAAGAAAAAACGAGGCAGCUACCGUGGAGGCACUAUAUCAACUCAAGUCAAUUCAGUCAAAUUUGACAGUGACUGAGAAUGUUUCCGUCAGAAUUUGUAAGCCAUCUGGUCGCUAGAAUGGCUUGGAUGGUGUUGUGGACACUAUUUAUAUCAAGCCUGCCUGGAAUGCUACCUCCCCAUGCUCAUUGUGGAGCAGGCAGCUCCAGCAUGGGAUGUGGGAGAGUAAUUGGAUGUUUCCCUCUUCUGAUUCUGGUUUAGGCCCCUAUUUAGUGCCAUCCGUGAGCUGGUGUUAUUGGCACUACUAGGGUGACCUCCAAAAUUUACUUUUUUUUCCCCACAGUCUUAUUUUUAAAAGGCUGGCAGUGAUUUUUCAUUUUGGUUUCCUGCUCAUCUAGUGGAAGAAAGCAAAAUCAUUCUCCUGUAUGUUAAUCUCCCACUUGUUUUCUCAGCCAGUUUAACUCUGAUACCUGUGAAAUGGCAAGUAUUGUAACUUGCCUUUGGCUAGUUACUGUAAGAGCAACAACCGAUUUGAACCCUCUGGUUGUAAUCUCCACCCCUACCUGACAUUUCAAGUUCACAGUUGCAGUGUGGCAGGGUUCCUCUUUUUUGUUUCCUCCUUUUAUAGUUCUCACCUUACAAUAAAUUCCUACCUUCCUUUCCCUUCCACUCCUGUUGAGGCCACUAACCAGAGUACUUGAAGAAGCAAAGUAUAAAUACACUUUAGUAGCUGAGUAACUGUUGCUUGCAGUUGCAAGUUGGGGGGCUGUUUUCAGAAGGAGCAAAGUCUGUAGUACUGCAGUGGCAGUGUUCAUUUGGAAUGUAGCUGAGGAGUGGAGGUGCACAGAAACUACUGCAUGGAGGUUGUUUGGCUCAAUGGGAAUGGGUGAAGAGGCUGCAGAUAAAACCCUCUUUCCUGCUCAGCUCUGCUUUUUGCUGUGCUUUUGUUUCAGAGGCUUUGACCACAGUGUAGCAUUAUGCUUUGUUCUUUCUGAACAUAAAAUGUGCUAGCUUAUGCUUACUCCCAGCAAUGUGCUGUGCAGCUUGUUAAGAGUCAGGAUGAAUGUGUCAUUAAUGCCUUAAAUUUCUGGUUUGGAUCACUUGCACUUUGGGCUGUUUUCCAUCUGUUAAAUUCCUCUCAAGAAGUAAAAUGCCAGUUUCCCUAUAGCCUUUAUACAAAGCCUGGUGCUGUAAAGAUUGAAUUGUUAGCUACAAGUACAUGUUCAGUAUGGAGAUCCUCCAAGAAGUUCAGUAACCUGCAGCCUAAACAGUUACUGCUGUUGAGGGAAGGGCUUACUUCCUGUAUAGCUGUGUGAGUGCCUUCCUAUUUCCUGUGCAACUCACAUCCAGUAGAAAAUGGUUCUGUCAACUACAUUUUUCCCCUGUUAGAAAGGUUAAUUUUCAUUUGUGGGGCAGUUUGCUGAGCCUGUAGACAGUGUGGAUUGAACAGCAGUAGUGCAUGUUUGAAGAAACUGAGUGGUCUGAAACCUCAUAUGGAAACUACCAGCCAUCAAGAGAGGCUAUGCAAGCCUAUUUUCCAUGUUUCCAUUCCUUCCCCAAAGGGUAACAGUGAGAAGAGAUCUGUUGUUACACUUGUGUGCAAGGCAGUGUCAUCUAAUUGAGGGUUGGAGGAGACUUGAUGAGCCACCCCCAUAUAUGUGAUAUGCAACUUGUUCCAAGGAGUGUUUUGCAGGAUGUCCACUUUUGUCUUGCACAAUCACACACUGAUGCCUGGAUUCUAGGCUGCAGUGCAGAGUGGUCCAGGAGGCUGUGGUUAUAAGGAGUAAGAGGCCAAAGGAAGGUGGGAAAGGGUAUUUUCUGCCUAGGGAUUUGAAUGUCAUCUUGCCAUUUGCCAACUUUCUUCUGUUUAUUGGGAACUUAGAAGUCCACAGUUUCUUUUAAAUGGGGGUAUUUUAAGUGUGAGAAUUGUAAUGUGUCCAAGAAUAAAGAUUGCUGCCUUUGUAAUCUAA